CUCAUUUCCUCACUAUCGUGAGCCUCUGCGCCGUGCUGCUGAUAUCAUGCUACAUAAUUGUUUAUUCAUUAACUGACAUCCAAUGAGUAGUUAAUUGCUUAAGUAUUAACGCCCGAUUUUGCUGAAUAAUCCAGAUCAGCGGCAGAGUCUUAGUAGCGGUAUGCGAUCAGCCAGUCCCCACAUUCCCGGUCAACAUGAUUUCAUCCGAUUGGAUGCGGAAAUUGUACAGCUGAUUAAUCCUCAGGGCAUCAGUGACAAAAAGGUCAAGUGUGACACCGGGAAUGCCUGCGAUCCUAAGAUCUCGGUUAACCUGGAUACGUACGUUUUGGAUUUUCACCACGAAGAAAUUUUGGAUAAAAUGGACAAAAUUUUGUUUAUUCAAAGCACGAAUAAGGGUAUGAUUACUGAGGGGCACUCCAGUGAAGACAGCAUUCAAAAAGAGAACACGGUGAAACUCAUCCACAUCCUUACCAAAUCUGCGCGACCGCACGGCUUCUCAAUUAGAACUUUCGUCGACAUUAACCAGAAAACCGUUCUUCUGCUGAUAGUGUGCAUUUCCGGUUACGCGACCUUUGUCGUUGAUCGCACGGAGGACGAGCAAGAAAACAGGAGCUACGCUACUGAUGCAAUACGACUAAAUCUGUCCAAUUGCCAUCCGAAAGCCAGCAUGCAUCGCAACAUUUCUUCUUUUCUCCAAAACAUUAUUUUACGAGUAGACCGUGACGUGCAUACUUCGAGUUUUUGAA